AUGAACAGGGUCUCUUCCACCAAUAUAAGCCUCAUGCUUAAGCGACUUAAGGCCAGGAAUGAAACCUUUUACGAGACCUCAUAUGAGAAGCGGUCCAUUAAUCGCCUUCAAGCGAUGGAAAAGUUACAGCCACUAAUUGAAAACCUCGAUCAAACCACAAGCGCAACGAAUUUCGUGGCAGAUGUCGAGGCAUCCUUCACGCAAGAAUCAGUCAAGGUUCUCACACAAGACAGAAAGAGAACUAUAAGGCUAGCUGCUGCUGCGGAAGUCGUUGGCAGCCAAAAAGUCCUCGAAUGGAUAGCCGCAGCAAAGGACGACAUGGAAGAAUUCACAUGGGUGGUAACAACCGAGACACCGAAACCUCCUGCAGAAAUAUCACCCGAACUUCUCGAAGAUCUCGAUACUCUUGUUCAAGCUGCUCCUCCAAUAUCCAAGAAUUGCUACGGUCGCGAGUUCAGGUAG